ACUCUGAAGCUGAGCUCUGAAGGAAAAUGUUAUUUUCUUUCUUGUCCACAAAAGAAACCGUGUUAAAACAAAAUGUCUGUGAGGAUUUUAUUUGAAUCCACAGGUGACGGUCAGACAGUGCAGCGCCGUAGUGUGACCGUCUUCUCCUUCAGCACCAGCGUUACUUUGCUUGUGUAACUUUUUGACAUCAACAGAAGCCAAACAACAGCGUCCACCCGCCCUACUACAAGGGGCGUGGCCAAGAGCACGUUACAUGUGUUUAUUUGACGUUCAAGUGUCGUCGGUAAUUUAGCAAUUCUCCUUUGCUUUUACAAAAAUGCUUUUUAAAUAGACAGACAUCGUCGCAUUUAGAAGAAAUUAGGUGAUAGGAAUUUAAAAAACAAAACAAAUCAAUGUAUGUGUUUAUGUGAUAUCUAUAUUAACUGUAUACUAAUUGCAUAUGUUAAUGAUAUACCAAGUGCAUUAAAACAAACAAUUUUACUCUAAAGCAGGUGAAAACACCAUGAUUGAUCCCAGAUUUAGGGCAUAUUUGAAUUCGAAUAAAUUAACAAGUUUCUUCUAAAAAAAGAUAUAACAUUAUAAAUGUGGUGGACAGGUUAUCGGUCAUGCAGAAUAAACAGUAAUGGACGAAGGUAUUGGCAUCCCUGGAACUUCUGGAACAGAAAACGAACCGUUUAGAUUUCAAUCAGUGUUGCAAUUACAAAUGUUUUGGUUUAUAGUACACAUGUUUAUUUCCUUUAAGUACAUUGGAACAACACACAAAAAAAACACAAGACAAAUGCCAAAUUUGACAUCAUUUUACACAAAACUCUAAAAAGUGACAAAACAAGACAAAACCAUUGGCACCAUAUUAAAACUGUCAGUAGAUAAUUUCAUUUCAAUCAUGUGAUCUUCACUUAAACCUUCACCUUUGGCAAGUAACAGGAGCUGGAAAUGUAUAAAUCCAAAUUAAAGCCAGAUAAAGAUGUACUAUUGACGACACAGUCUUUGUGUUGUGUGCCUGUGUGUUCAACACUAAGCAUGGAAAAGAAAGAAAGAAGAGCAAAGAAUUGUCAAUCUCAAGGUUACAAGUCAACAUCCAUAGAUCUGCCUUUGUCAAUUGUGCACAAUAUAAUCAAGAAGUUUAAAACCCAUGGAACUGUAGCAAAUCUCCCUGGACAUGGACGGAAGAGAAAAGAACUGAUGAAAGGCUACAAUGGUGUCAGCUUAAGCAAGUACCUGCAGUCAAAUGCGGUGGAGGUUUGAAGAUGUUUUGGGGUUGUUUUGCUGCCUCUGGAGCUAGGUGCACUGAUUGUGUGCAAGGAGUCAUGGAAUCUGAAAAGAUUUUGGCCUGUCAUGUAGGGCUGAGUGUCAAAAAGCUUGGCCUGGGUCAGAGGUCAUGGGUGUUCCAGUAGGACAAUUUUUCCAAAGGUUGUGCAAUCAAAUAUUGAGUCAGGGGUGCCAAUGAUUUUGUCCGACCCAAUUUUUGAGUUUUGUGUAACAUUAUGUUAAAUUUGGCUUUUUUUCCCUGCUUUUUGUGAUGUUCCAAUGAAUGUAAAGGACAUGAACAUGUGUGUACCAAAACAUUUGUAAUGGAAACAAUUUUCUGGGAGAAAUGGUUCAUGUUCUGGAAAGGUUCCACAAAUGCCAAUACUUCCGUCCAUGUAUCUUGUCUUAAAAAUGUUAAUGUAUUUGUUUGUAUAUUUUAAAGUCAUUUACCAUUUGAAGAUAAUGACAAUUAAAAACAGGCAAUAGACGUAGACUUAUACAUACUGUUGUUUCAAAAGAUAUUCUGUUCGCAAAAUGUGUUUAUUAUACAGACAUUAAAAUUUCAAUGUCAUAGUUUGAGGGUUAUCGUUAAAUAUUUUUAUGUAUAACAAAUGAUUUAAUCGAUUAAAGAGUAAAAAUCCUCCCUAUCAGGUAAAAAAAGGCACUGCACUCCACCAGAACAUCAAUGUAACGGUGACAUCUUGUGGUUAACAUCUGAUACACGUCCCUCCGUCUGUUACAAGAUUUCUGCCAAUAUUGUUUUGUGAACCUUGUAAAAAAAUACGUACGUGUGGUAAAAACACAAAACGGACGCAAAAUCAACUGUUGUAACUACGCAGACAGAAUAGUACCAUCGCUGUAGUAUGUAGUAUUUAUGUGGCUAACCAUUAAGACAAAUCGUGCAUAACAAAUUAAAAUUUAAAGUAAUUUAUUUUGAUGUAACAGUCUGCAUAAUUUCACACAAAUGUAACCGGACGAAUCUGAAUUCGUGCAUAUUUUCUUGAACAAAAUUCACAUUGACUUCAAUAGCAGACGUGACGUCAUUCUUGUGGUAAGAAUCACGUUGUUCAUAUCUUUAAUGACCGUUGUGCGCAGAAAACUAGCAAUACUUGUUCAAACGACUUCCCGUAUGAAUGUCUUUUCUCUAAUUUAAUUUUCAGUCAUUCUAGAUCACAUGGUCAAGUUAGGUCGAAUUUGGUUUAAAAGUAGGUUCCCUUAAAGUGACAGAAAAACACCGUGUCGCAUUCACGUAUUUAAUUUAUAACCAAAAACAGACUCGACGCAUAAAUACGUAACAUCAUAAAUACGUUACAGAUUAUAGUUUUAUAUACUGUACACUAUUUUAUUUAUGUUUAGCACCUUAAACGCAUCAGUGACGGGUUUCCUCCCCACCGCGUUGACGUCAAAUGGUGGGAGGAGCUUGAAGAGGAGUCGGCUGUCACUCACAUCAUAAAUAACAAGCACACGAGACUGUCAAGCAUCUUCUCUCCGUGUAACUGGUUGAAAUUAAACAGGUGAGCAAUGCUUUCGUGCGAAUUUUUACUUACUUAUCAAUUUGUUAUUUUUUGUGAAUAAAAUACUUUAAGCUCGUCUACUUAUAAGUAGGCUAUUGUAAAAACCAUAUGGAUGUUACGGAUGUUUCAACAGUAAAAUGUUAAAUACAAAUUACUGAAUUACUUUAAGACAUUUAACGUAAUGGUUUGUGGUAUAGUAUUAGUGGUAUACUAAAGUCUAUUACCUGAUAUUAUAUGUAAGAAAUAUCCUGCGCUUGGAUGCAGAAAUAGAAAUAGAAUAGACCAGUCGCCUGCCUCUGUGAGAGAGGGAAAAACUGCUUAGUAUUUGGUUUGUAUUGCACAAUAACAGGUUCUGCAGUCACUGAAGGUGUCUUUAUCAACAGAGUCAUGGCAGUAAGCUACAUGUCCUCAAGGUUUUGUCUUAUUUGCAUUGGAAACACUCAACAAUAAGACAACAACAGAUGCACACAUGUAAACUCCCCAAGUGAAACCAGUGCAGGAAGUGGAUUAUACUGUACUUAACUAAUACAAUAAAUGGUAGAACCUUCAAGGGGUUAAUCAAUAGACACAGUAAAGGACAACAGUAUUCCAUUAAAGGCAAACAUGUUUUUUUUUGUUUUUGUUAAUGAAUCAGGCUAUUGUCUGUGUCACGUCUCUUUGAAUUAACGUUUUUUUUCUGCUUCAUGAAAUGCUGCCACAGCAUGAGUCAGCGCAAUCUACAACACGAGGAGCAGGAGGAGAAAGAGGAGGUGACUGGACUAGUGUGUCAAGAGGAGGACCUGAAUGAUGGACAGAUGAAGGAAGUAACAGUAGGAGACCAGAAGGUGCUGCUGGUCCGCACCCGCGGUCAGUACAGUGCUGUUGGAAGUCAAUGCUCCCAUUACGGCGCUCCACUGAUCAAAGGAACUUUAGUUGGUGACAGGGUCAGGUGUCCAUUCCAUGGCGCUUGCUUUAAUGUCCAAACUGGAGACAUUGAAGAUUACCCAGGUCUGGACUGUUUGCCUCUCUACAAGGUGGACGUUCAUGAUGGUAAAGUGUAUGUUUCGAUCGACAAAAAAUUGCUGAAGACAAACAAGCGAGUGAAGGACAUGUGCACUGUGGCAGCUGACAUCAAACACACUAUUCUGCUCGUAGGAGGCGGCCCGGCUGCACUGGUUUGUGCUGAGACCCUGAGACAGAACUGCUACCAAGGUCAAAUCAUCAUGGUGACCAAAGACAGUCUCCCUCCGUACGACAAACCCAAACUGAGUAAGGCUAUGAACGUGGACCGUGACAAGCUCCUGCUGCGACCUAUGGAUUUUUAUCAACAGUAUGGAAUAGAAGUGUACACACAGAAGGAGGUUGUGUUCGUUAACUCUGUGGAGAAGGUGGCGAAGUUGAGUAACGGUUAUUCGCAGUAUUUUGAUCAGCUCCUCGUCGCAACUGGAUGCAGAGCCCGGCCACUCAGCUGCCCUGGUUCUGAGCUGCAGGGAGUAAAGUUACUCCAGAAUUAUAAGGAUGCCACAGACAUUCACAGCUGCAGUCUGGGCCACAGAGCUGUUGUUAUCGGAGCCUCAUUCAUAGGCAUGGAGGCUGCAUCCUACCUCUCAGACAAAGCUGCUAGCGUGACCCUAGUUGGUGCUACAUCAUUCCCUUUUGAACGAUCUCUGGGUCCUGAGAUUGGCAAAAUGACGAUGCAGAUGUUGGAGGAAAAAAACGUCAAGUUCUACAUGAAGGACAGAGUUGUUGAAAUCAAAGGGGAGAAUGGAAAGGUGAAGGAGGUGGUGCUACAGAGUGGAACAGUCCUGGGAGCUGAUGUGGUGAUUGUCGGAAUCGGUGCAAUCCCUAAUACUGACUUCCUGGCAGGAAGCGAAGUGGAGUUGGAUUCAAGGAAAACUGUCAUAGUUGACAAGUUCAUGAAGACAAAUGUGAGAGACAUUUUUGGUGCCGGGGAUGUCACAUCUUUUCCUCUGGCCAUUUGUGGAAGCCAGAGGAUCAACAUAGGUCACUGGCAGAUGUCACAUGCUCAAGGAAAAGUGGCAGCCCUGAAUAUGCUUAACAAACCAACCCAGAUUGAGUCAGUGCCUUUCUUUUGGACUGUGCUGCUUGGGAAGAGUAUCAGAUACACAGGCUAUGGUGAAGGAUAUGAGGAAAUAAUAUUUAAAGGCAAAGUGGAAGAGAGGAAAUUCCUGGCCUUUUACAUCAGGGAGGGGCAGGUGGUGGCUGCAGCCAGUCUGAUGUUUGAUCCUGCUGUGGCUCGACUGGCAGAUCUGAUGGCAUCUGGACAGACUAUAACAAAGUCACAGGCUGAAUCAGAUGACCUGAGCUGGCUGCAGAUGUGAGCACGGUGUGAUGACAGCUGCCAACCCCUCUGUUCCUUUUUGUUUAUGAUUUUUUAAUCAACUCCAGCUUCCUCAAAGUCAGUCGUCUCUUCUUCUCUCCUGCCCAGAAACACGGUUUAAAUAGCAGCAAGUGCUGUUUUAUUGAAUUUGCCCUUUGUGCAGGGAGCGAACGGUUAAAUAUAUGUGCCAUAAACACAGCACUUGAUAAGACUGCAGUGACUCAUCACAGUCUGGAGCAGAGUCACAGGAAGAAGGAAACUGAAAAAUCAGCCACAUAAAAAAGUCAUUUAUAUAUACUUAUAAAACGUGUGAACACCUCUCUAGUUAUUGGACUGUGCUGUUCACUAUUCCCCCAUUUAUAAAAAUCCACUUCACUAACUGUCAAAAUAUAUAAUGUUUACUAAAGAUUUGCCAUUUCCAGUC